AUGUUCAAAAAUUCCUUCAUCUCAACCCGUGUCACCCUCGAAGCCGCGGGGCUCGUCGCCCUCGCAGAUCUCUCCACUGUUGCAAUGAGGACGGUCCUGACGGGCACGGCCUCCUACCUCGACGCUCUUGUCCUUGCACCCGGAAUGCAUCAGCAGCAAUCCGCCGAUGAGGUUAACCACGGCGAAUUACCGACAGCUGGUGCAAUGACUACCGGAUACAUCUUCCGUGUAGAGAACCCUGCUACCGUUAGAUACCUGCAAACCAUUGGGCACACUGGACACCUUGUUAACGUCUGGGUGUACCCAGGCCCGUCCGGUGACGAUAACCUAUCCAUAACCAAUCGCCGAAUCCAGUCCUUCAUAGUCGCUGGGAUUCCCGCGGCUGUGCUCUACCUCCUCUGCCCAGUAUUGACCGCUGUUGUGUUCGCGCUCCUGGGCGUUAUCGAGGACUGGUGGGGAUUUGGGGUGCUGUGGAUGCUUGUGUUAGCUAGGCUGAUUAAUGUGGUCGUCAUUAAGCGGAGAAGCGUCAUGGGAUGGAAGGGUGCUCCCGAGGACGGUGAUGGUGACCUCCUCAUCCUGCUGAGUCAGGAUCGCUGGGUGCGCUUGCAGGGGUCGGUGGACGAUCUCAAGGCUGUGACUGCGGGUGAGUGGUUGCGAGAGAUGUCUGACGAAGAGAGCUUCGCCGUCGCUUUCGCAACACUAUUGGUCUAUCUGUCUGCCGCUCUUGCUGGUAACGCAUCCAAGGUGGGGAGCUUGCUUAUUGCAGGCUUACUACUGUGCUCCGUUGCUCUCUUGGGACUUUGCAACUCCUUGACGAAGUGUUUGCAAAUGUACGGUCGCGUUGUCCGCACAGAAGGAGCGCCGAAAAAGUAUAAGCGGAGGUUGGAUAUGGCUGGAGAACUGAUUGAUGUGGCCAAAAGUGAGGACUGGGCAAUUCGCAUGGGCCUCAUCAUUCCGAAGGAAGUUCUCUCUAAAAAACGGGCUUCUAAAAGAGGGGCUACUCUUUGA